UUCCCGACAGUUUUCGUAGUCAACAUUGUGAAUGAGGGAUGCACGGUCAAGAAGUGAAUGAACGAACACGAGUUUUGUAUUUUAUGUCUCAGAUUUAUGAAUGGGCGUCUUGACAAGCACAGCGUGCUUUGUAAGUUCUCACGAUCUACUGAAGAGACGCUGGAUUACAAACAUCUCUCCGCUUGUUAAGCAGGAUUUUAUGUCUAAGAACGAGUUUAAAUCGCAACAAUUUUAUUUGAAACGACAGAUUUUUUCGUUCAUUCACGAUUUAAUAACUGCUUUCAUUUUUAUCAUAUUGACAUCCCUUCAUGGCAGCUGUAGUAAGAGCGCGCAGCUGAAGUGGCGCGCGCUCCGCUCCUGCGCGGUGUCUGGAUGUGCCCGCUGCGCGGUAGAUGCCCGUGGCACGGAGGACCGGACCCCUCUCCGCUGUCCUGUGAUGAUGCAUUGAGGAUGGUGGAGGGAACGGACGCCCCUUUGAGGAACAUUUCGACAGGAAACCAGGACAGCAAGUACCUUUCUUUCCCCUGGGUGUUGACUUUACUCUCCAGUGUUCUCAUCACUACGAUUGUUGUAGAUGUUCUGGGCAACCUGUUGGUCAUUGUAUCGGUCUUCAGGAACAGAAAGCUCAGGAAGGCAGGUAAUGCCUUUGUGGUGAGUUUGGCAAUAGCAGAUCUGGUCGUGGCCAUCUACCCCUACCCGCUCGUCCUGACCGCCAUCUUCAAUGACCGCUGGAUUGCUGGUGAUAUUCACUGUCAGAUCAGCGGCUUCCUCAUGGGGCUCAGUGUGAUCGGCUCUAUUUUCAACAUCACAGGCAUCGCCAUCAACCGCUACUGUUACAUCUGCCACAGCCUCAAGUACGACAAGCUCUUCUCCAACAAGAACACAGUAUGCUACGUCAUCCUGGUCUGGGUGCUGACUGUCCUGGCAAUCGUCCCAAACUGGUUUGUGGAGUCUCUGCAGUACGACCCACGUGUCUACUCAUGCACCUUCGCCCAAUCGGUGAGCUCGCUCUACACUAUCACGGUGGUGGUGGUGCACUUCAUUCUGCCCAUCGGCAUCGUCACGUACUGCUACCUGCGCAUCUGGAUCCUCGUCAUACAGGUGCGCAAACGGGUCAAGCCCGACAGUCGGCCCAAGAUCAAGCCUCAUGACUUAAGGAACUUUCUCACCAUGUUUGUGGUGUUUGUUUUGUUCGCCGUCUGCUGGGCUCCGUUGAACUUCAUAGGCCUGGCGGUGGCAAUCCACCCCAGACUGGGUCAAGCCAUACCCGAGUGGCUCUUCACUGCCAGCUACUUCAUGGCGUACUUCAACAGCUGCCUCAAUGGCGUUAUAUAUGGAGUGCUAAACCACAACUUCCGAAAAGAGUAUAAAAGGAUAAUACUUGCUAUUUUCAAGUUUAACUGUUGAGUUUUCACAAUGAGACAAGCACUGUGUCUUUCUUAAAACUUGUUAUUCAAAAGUGACUGACUUAUGAGUGCAGCGUAAUGAUGCAUCUUUUUUUGAUUUGAACAAUAUUCUAAAUAUGGACAUAUUUUUGAUUCACUGUAUUUACAUGCUUAAAUUUGCACGGAAUGAUACAUG